AUUAAAAGACGGACAAGAAAAGGCAAACCAGAUAAAGAAAUCAUUGGUACGACACGCUUUAUCCUCCAAGUACAGUAUAACGUUCAACGAGUUGUGUAGUAACAUAAAUUGUAAGUAACAAAAGAAAAAUCAAAGAGCAGAGGACGAAAUAAGUAGAUAAAUAGUUGAUCGAUGCACACGCAAUUACCACACUCAUGUUGCUUGUGUACGACGGCAGAUGCGCGCAGACUUGUUUCCGGCGAUCGUCGAGAGGGUAAAGGCGUACCGGAGUCGCCGUUUCAUUCAGUAUACCAACGACUGUAGUGCCGGUGAGACGAGUAUCUCUCGAUUCGUGGGCGACUUUCGCACAGGUACACACUUUUGUGCACCUCAGUGGCUCGCUUUUUGCUUGUUCUAUCCGUGUUCCGUCUAUUUCCGUUCGGCAACGCGUGUGCCUCUUGCAACAGGAACGCAACAAGAAGAAAAUUCAUCGUUCGAUAACGAGGUCAAAAACGUGUGUGAAAGUAGUGGCACUCGCUUCAGUAUCGUCUAGAUUUUGGUCCUAGUCGCAACAACGUUCUUUAUUCCUGAAAGCUUUACUACAUGCGGUUUCUAAACUACGACCAAUUAUGACAUCCUGAUAGAUCAAGCUCCUACAGUUACAAAAGAGUCGCGUGACGUGAUAAAACGUUGGAAUUUUAACCGAUACAAGCUGGGUCGAAGCUAUUUGAAAAUUUAACCAAGUAAAAAGAACGGCAGCCAUGUCGUUUCUCAGAUCCAUUGGAGAUCUGAUCGGUUUCCUCAUCCUCACCCUGGUGUCCAUAUUCGAAAGCAUCAUCAAAACGUUCAUCCCGGCAAAAUACAAGAUGAAGAGCAUCAUCAGGGAGGUCGUCCUGGUGACUGGGGGUGGCGGCGGCUUGGGAAGGUUGAUCACCCUCAGGCUAGCCAAUCUAGGCGCCAUCAUGGUCAUCUGGGACGUUAAUCAGGAGGGUAUCGAGGAGACUGUCAAGCUGGUGGGAGCCUCGGGUGGUAUCUGUUACGGUUACAUUUGCGAUCUAUGCAAUCGAGAAGAUAUUUAUAAGAAAGCGAUGCUAGUCGAGGAAGAAGUUGGAAAGGUGACCAUUUUGAUAAACAACGCUGGCGUGGUGAGCGGCACGAAAUUUUUGGAUACGCCAGACAAGCUCAUUAUCCGAACGAUGAAUGUAAACGUGAUGAGCCACUUUUGGACAACAAAGGCAUUUUUACCUUCGAUGAUGAAAGACAAUAAAGGUCACAUUGUGAGUAUCGCUAGUCUUGCUGGGCACAUAGGGGUACCAAAAUUAGUGGAUUAUUGCACUUCAAAGUUUGCUGCAAUUGGAUUCGAGGAGGCCCUUCAUAUGGAAUUAGCUGCUGAUGGAUAUAAUAUCAAUACUACAGUGGUAUGCCCAUUUUUCAUUCGAAGCACAGGCAUGUUUGAUGACGUUUCAACUAGAUUUUUACCGAGACUCAGUCCAAAUGAAGUGGCAGAUCGAGUAGUGUAUGCUAUAAGAUGUAACGAAAAGAUCGCUGUAGUGCCGCGUUACCUUCACGUGCUUCUUAUUGCAAAAUGGUUAUUUCCAUGGGCUUCCGCAGGUAUGUUUAUACGAGGUAUAAUUUCAGAGAAUGUUCCAUGUCAUAAACCAUCGAGCAAUACUACCAACAAAGAAAAAAUCGUUCCCGUUAUGGUACCCAAGAAAUCGGAGAACACAAUUAUUCGUGAAAAAUUGACCAGACGUAUCGCCAAUUCUGAGAGGAAGCCUUAAUGGCUUUGUGAUCAACAAGUUUGCAAAUUUUACAUAUCCAACGUAUUUUCGAUUUCUUUCUCCUUUUCUGUAUAAAUGACGUAUGUAUAAAAGUUAGGAAAUAUUUUAACUAACAUACGAUAACAGCCAUGUUACUAAGAUGAAAGGCUCAGUUCGUUCGAAUUUUAAUGCACGUUAAAGAAACUUGUUUUCACAGCGAGUUGCUGUGUAAAAUUAAGACAAGUUUUGUAAAAGAAGAAGCGAGAAGUUGUAGAACUACUAUUCCCCAAAGACACGACCUCCAUAGAGAAAGAAAGAUUGAUUCCAGGGAAUACACUUUGGUAUUCUGUUUAGCUAUGUUAAGAAAUAAUAGCGUAAAUGAAAAUAAAGGUAUUUCCGUAAGUGAUGCUAUUUAUAAUUUUAGGUAGUGUGUUGUCUUCUGGAAAGUACUGCACAAUAUUAAUGAAGAUUUAUAUAUUUCGAUGUUACUGGGUAUUUCUGUAAUGUUUUGUACAAUAAUAAUAUUUUAUAGUACAGUAAUGAAAUUGAUAGUUACAAGUUUAAUAUUAUAAGUAAGAACGAUUGAUCUAGGCAACACGGGUACAAUUUUUACAAUUGGCUCUAUGUGAUACAAUGAGCAAUGAUAGUAAUGUAAGGAUAGCGUGAGAUUUGUUACUUGUAACUCAUGGCUGUAAAAGAACAAGUGUAUAUUUAUCUAGCGUAUGUAACAAACUUGGCGAAUUGUCACGGAAAAAAGAAAGAAAAAUUGCAGAUGUCCAACAAAAAAAAUAAAGAUUGUGUCAUUUGUACGUAUUGACCCACUUAAACUACCGACUUACGAGAUGAAACUUGUUGAUUCGAAACAACUAUAUGCAACUAUACCGUUAUCAUUUUAUAAUGGUGUGCCAUAUGUCUACUCUAAUAUACGAAUGAUUGUUUUAUACAUAGAUACUGUAAUAAAAUUACACACUUUA